CUCUCCCACCAUGUUAUUGUGACGAUACUCUUCCAACUUACCCUACAUCAUAUCUUCAUCGUCCUUGAUCUAAUUUAUCCAUCUCAUUUACCACAGGAAUUUCAAUAUUCCUUUUAUUUUAAUUCGAAAGUUUAAGAUUCAAACUCCUGAGAUCUGUUUGUUUCCUUAAAGAGAAAACAUCUUGUUUUCAUCGGUUUCUGAUCAUCGGAAUCAAAUGGGUAAAACCGCCGGGAACAGAGAUUGGACUCAGAUCUACGCUAUCUACGGCAUUCAACAAUGGCAGACACUCGUCUUCCUUCUCUUCCACGCCUUCUUCUUCUCCAUCCUCUCUCUUCUCUUCCUCGUCUACUUCGACCAGAUUUGCUUCUUCCUUGACUCCUUCUUCCUCUCCGGCGCCUCCAGACUAACAGCAGGUUUCACCGGCGCAGUAACCGCUCUCUCCGCGGUCUGUCUCCUCUUCGCCGCAGCUAACUUCGUCUACUCCGAUGUUCCUCUCCAGUACGAGAUGGCUCAGCGCAUGGUCAGCUCCGUCAGCGACUGGUCCUGCGUCAAAACGGCGUUAGAUCUCGGCUGCGGACGCGGCAUCUUACUCAAUGCCGUCGCGACGCAGCUCAAGAAAACCGGUAGCUCGGGUCGGGUCGUCGGGUUAGACCGCUCCAAACGCACCACUCUCUCCACUCUCCGCACCGCUAAACUCGAAGGUGUGCAAGAGUAUGUGACGUGCAGGGAAGGAGAUGUAAGGACGUUGCCGUUUGGGGAUAACUACUUCGACGUGGUGGUCUCGUCGGUGUUCGUGCACACGGUGGGGAAAGAGCACGGUCAGAAGUCUGUUGAGGCGGCGGCGGAGAGGAUGAGGGUUCUAGGGGAGAUAGUGAGAGUCGUGAAGCCAGGAGGUUUGUGCGUGGUUUGGGAUCUCUUACACGUGCCGGAGUACGUGCGGCGUCUCCAGGAGCUGAAGAUGGAUGAUAUCCGAGUCUCCGAGCGAGUUACGGCGUUUAUGGCCGGGAGCCACAUCGUUACGUUCAGGAAACCGAGUGAACUCGUCGCUGGGCCCCGAGAAGUCCGCCUCGAUUGGAGAUGCUGACGUGGAUAUUUUAAAACGGCUGUGUGUCGAUUCGUUUAUAUAGAAGACGGCACGUAGUUCAAGUCCGGAAGUUCGAAACAGAUAAUUGUGUUAUAUUAAUUACAGUCUAAACUAGCAAAAAAAAAAUUAAAUAUGUAUGUAGAAGUGUCUGGGGAGGCGAAGCGGAACCAGAUGCUUCUUGAAGAGGCAGAAACGCUAACACGAUGUUUGCGUUUUGAUCUUGUAUUUGUAUUUAUAUAAAUAAUCCUAGUAAAGUAGUACUGCCUA